GAAGUGCUCCCUGAGCAACAGCAUCAGAAGGAAAAAAAACCUACAAUGAUUGAAGAAAACGGUCCUUCUGCACAUGAGCAGUCUGAAGUGUCCCCCUCGUCCCAGGCCAGGCAGAAGCUGGAGGGGCUCUUGAACAAGAACAUGAGGAUCCGCAUGACGGACGGACGGACCCUGGUGGGGCUCUUCCUUUGCACAGACCGGGACUGCAAUGUCAUUCUGGGCUCGGCUCAGGAGUUCCUCAAAUCCUCAGACACUUUUUCCCAGGGUGAACCCAGAGUCCUGGGCCUGGCCAUGAUCCCCGGACACCACGUGGUUUCCAUAGAGGUGGAGGCUGACAGUCUGGAGGAGGCUGAGGGGUUUGGAUUCACCCACUGAUGACGGGAGCGCCGCCCCACGUUUUUGAUCAAGAGACUGUUUCCUGUUGAGGCCCGUGUUCAGACGAGAAGAGGAUUUUGGACCCAGAACCUCUAGAUUUUUCUCUUUCCUCUGACGAUGAAAAGAAAAGUCCAUUGGCAGCAAUUAUGGAAGCCUCCUCUUCAGACUGAGAUCAUUUAGGACACCAUUUGUUCAAGGAUCUUAAAAUAAAUGGAUCAAUUUCACCUUUUUAAAUCACUGAUUCAAAAUGCCACAUUGUUUUCUUAAUUAAAACAUUAGGAAAACUGAUUUAUCAAUUUAAACCUUUACUGUAUGAGCUGAAAAUGCUUGAAAAAUUCUGUUUUUCUGUGAAGCACUGAAGUAACAAUUAGGUUUUUACAUCUGAUAAGCAUCGUGGAGUCCUCUGACCCCUCGCAGCAGUUAGCAGUGCAUAUAUCGCAAUAUAAAAUAUUUCUUAAUAGAAAACAGCAGGUUUGACAAAACUAAGUGUUUUCUGUUGGAUUAAGGAUUGAGUUGAAUUAUUGUUGGAUUAAAGGCAUAUUUAAUCAAACUGAUUUAUGAUCCCUGGUAUGUCAUAAAUAGCCUGUAUGAGAAACAUCCCCAUAUAAUGAUGCGUGCACCUCCAUGCUUUGGUGUUCUUUGGUUUAAAAUCAGUCUCUGGGGUAAUAUUCCACACUUUCUGUUGCUUUUAAACACAUUUCUGUGGAACACUCUAGGAGUGGACCAGAGGAGGAAGAAUGAGUUCAGUCUGGAUGGUUUUUGUCCUUUAAUAAACUCCAACAUGUCCGCUGAGUCAGUUUGGCAGAAGAAGAAAAAGGAUGCCACAAUCAAAACCCUCCUAAAAUAAAUCUCACUGUUCCUUUCACCUAUAAAUACGACGACCUCGUCACAUUUUGGUUCACAAAACAAGCAGCUACAGUCAGUCUGUCUUUAAGAUGAGUUGGUA